AUGGCCGAACAACCUCGCAUCCUCCGGCCUCGCCCCAGACGAGUCUUCGACGUGACACCUGCGUCCACCGAGUCGUCCGGUCCCCCAACACCCGCCGAAUCCAUGACAGAUUCCCACCUCGGUCUGCACCCCGAAACAGCCUCCAACUCGACCAGUGUAAGCCGUACCGGAUCGGUGAUGAACCUUACAUCCUCCACCCUCUACGGUAUCUACUCGCCCACUGCCUUUGACAGCUUCCGCGACGAGUCCAGCCCCUGGGGCACAGAAGCCAACUCGCCUGCGGCAGAGUACCCGCCUGAGCCGUCGCAGCAUGCAGCUGAGAAAUCAGCUAUUAUGCCGAAGCGAUUGGCGCUGCGGCGCACUCGCUCUCGGUUGAGUCAGGGGCUGUUCCGGGGUGUCAUCUUGCCACAGGCGUUGAGCUCUGUGCUGUUGUUUGGCUUUGGCAUUGCUUACGGUGUUAUCACCGUCAAUCUCCAUGAGAAUCACUGGAUUACGCCUGUCAAGCUGGAGAAUGUUCACUACUAUGAUUCAUGGCAGUAUCUGGGCCUCUGGGGGUUGGUCGGCAUUGCGCUCGGCAAUUUGCUCCCUUGGCUGGACGGGUGGCGUGAGGAGACGGGGGCUGACAAGGAUGGCAGCUCCAACGAAGAAGAAACUGAGGAUCGUACACCCUCUUGGGUGACUGUUGCUCGUAGUGUUGGUGCUUUUGUUGGAAUUGCCUUUGCCAUGCGCAAACUUCCCUGGCAAUCUACCACGCAAGCGUCGCUCACUCUUGCCCUCGCCAACCCUGUCCUCUGGUACUUGAUUGACCGCACGAAGACCGGCUUCGUCCUCUCCUCCACUGUAGGUCUGGCUGGGAUGGGUGCCAUCCUUGGCCUGAAGCCAGAGCUUGUGCCCGCUUCGACCGGUCCGUCAUUCGGUACUGGUGUUCUGAACGGAACAGGACUGGAGACUGCACUAGGCGCUGGAAUUACCCAAGAAAGCCUCGCGGUUCGCGUCUGGAUCGCCAGUGUCGUUUUCUGCGCCUGCGUCUGCUUUGGAAAUGUCGGUCGCCAGCUUGCUAUUGGUGCUGGUGACAGGGAUACCAUGAAGCCGUGA